CCUAGGCGCCAAAAGUUUGGACCCUCAUCUUUCGUAUUCGCAAACUGUCCUCCUACACCACACCACAGAGCGAUCGAACCCCACGCGCAUCGCCCACCAUGGACGCUCUCAAAUCCGCCAUCCAACCCAUCACCCACAACCUCCCCCAGCCCAUCGCCGACGUGGGCAUCUCCCUCCUCGGCCCCUCAUGCUACAAAACCCUCGUCUACAACGUCGACCUAACCGCAACCGAAUGCGUCAAGCUGGCUAUUUCCAAAGGCCUCGGUAUUGGCAUCAUCGGCGCCUCCUCCAUCGUCAAAAUUCCACAGCUGCUCAAGUUGCUCAAUAGCCAGUCGGCCGAAGGUCUUUCCUUCCUCUCAUACCUCCUCGAAUCGAGCUCGUACCUCAUUUCGCUGGCGUACAAUGUGCGCCACGGGUUUCCAUUUAGCACGUAUGGCGAGACGGCCUUGAUUCUCGUGCAGAAUAUUGCUAUUGCGAGUUUGGUGCUCAAGUACAGUGGACGGGGUGUUGGUGUUGCUGGGUGGGUUGGAGGUCUAGCUGUUGCGGGUGCGGCCUUGUUCAACGACCAGUGGAUUGACACGGAGAAGUUGAGUCUGUUGCAGGCUACAGCUGGUGUACUUGGUGUGGCAAGCAAGGUGCCGCAGAUUCUGACCGUGUGGAGUGAGGGUUCGACGGGCCAGUUGAGCGCUUUUGCUGUCGUCAACUACCUCCUCGGUUCCCUCUCCCGUAUCUUCACCACCCUCCAGGAAGUCGACGAUCCGCUUAUCCUCUACGGCUUCAUUGCUGGUUUCGCCCUCAACGCCAUUCUCUUCCUCCAGGUCGUGUACUAUUGGAAUGCGCCGGCGUCCAAGAAGACGGAAUCAAAGAAACUAGAGGAGCCUAUCGCAGCGGACAAGAAGGAAACCGCGCGUGCCGUCUCGAGCGGAUCUGCACCAUCGUAUGCGGAAAAGGCGGGCAAGAGUCCUAGCACAAGACGCAGGGGAUAGACCAAUCUCUAUUUCCCCGGGCUGUUGGCCGUUCUUGGAUUUUUAGUUGUUUUAAUACACAUUUGACUUGCGACUCCAUGACUGUGCUUGGUUGAUGA